AUGGCUCCAACAACGCAAGCGGACCUUCACGUGCCGAUGGUCGAUGCAACCACAACGAGCGCCGAGAUUGGCGCUGCAAGCUUUGUCUGGACGCUGGUGUGGAAAAAUUUUCUGCUCAAGCGCAAGCACCCGAUCAAGUGGGCACUGGAACUUCUCCUGCCCGUGGCCCUCAUUGUUGUACUCGGUUCGUUGAAAACGCUUCUCCCGGACAUUGCGAUUCCCGAUGGAUGGGCCAACGACGCCACUCUGGACAACAAGACUGGCACGGGCUAUAGCCUGUGGGAUACGACGUCGUCGGGGACGUCUGGGGCAGUCCCGCGGUUCGUCGCGACGGAAACCACCAUGUCGGCGUACUUGAUGCAGCUGGCAUUUCGAUCGUACGACGAGCGUCUGCGCACGGCGGAACGAACUGCCAUCGAAAACGCAACGUGCGGGGAGUCCGCGUGGGCGGGCAACAUCAGCUCCACCGACAUGCACGCGUGGCCCGCACUCUGUCGUCCGUUCAUAGUCCCCCACAAGAUUGCCAUCGUCCCCGACUCCCCAUUCACCCGACACUACUUUCUCAAGACGUUGGCCACUUGGUAUCCUCGCGUCCCGUUGUCGACGAGUGUGGUCGUACCAGCCCUGGCCGACUCGGUCGUGUUUUUCGACUCGAAUGCUGCCCUUGAUGCCUACAUCGCAGGUGCACAUUACGGUCAAUCGUUCGACGCUCCAGUGAUUGAUGCGGCGAUUGUGUUCACGACGACCCCUUUGACGUUCGGUGUUGCGGGCAAUCUUGAGUACACGCUGCGACUGAAUGCUACACUGGGCCGCAGCAAUGCGGUGGGCGACGUGCCCCGUACGGUCGAUGGCGCCGUGGACCCUCUCCAACGAGCGCUGGACUUGGCUCCAUACACUCGGUACGCCACGUCGGGCUUCUUGACGCUGCAGACACUGGUCACGCGCUUUGCUACUUGCGUUCCGGACUGGACAAACGGUCAAACGACAGGCCAGUGCACUGUGCAGCAAGCCACGGCCGUUGAUUCCCCGGUGACGGCCAAGUCGUUGGUGGAGCAGCAACUUCCCCACGACCAGACGCUAAACAAGUUGCUGGUCAAGGCCGCCGAUUUUCUCAACCAACCUCGCGUGGACCUGGCGAAACUGGACUCUACAACUACGGCCUUGUUGGCACGCCCCCUCCGCCAACUUCCUCAAGCCACGGGGGGGGCCACCGUGUUUCCGUUUCCCAUCGAGCACUACACAUCGUCGCCGUUUUACAAGGCGGUGCAAAACUUCUUUGGCCUGCUCUUUGUCAUCUCGUACUUGCAAUGCCUGUCGUCCAUUCUCGUGGCGCUCAUUUCGGAAAAGGAAUCAAAGAACCGGGAGCUGCUCAAGAUCCUCGGCAUCCCCGAUGUUGCCAUUGUGUGCAGUUGGUACGUCACGUAUGCCAUCGUGUUGGUCGUCGCCGCGCUGCUCCAAACGGUCGCCGCCCGCGCCAUCCUCUUCACAAAUGCCAACGUCCUCCUUCUCUUUGUCUUCUUUCUCCUCUUUGCAUGGAGCUUGAUGGCGUACGGGUACAUGGUCAGCGCAAUUUUCUCCAAGUCGCGCACGGGGACGUACAUAGGGAUCAUUGGGUUCUUCGUCAUGUACUUGAUCACGUCUGGAUUCAACGCCACGUCGGCCCAGUCGGCGAAGCAACUCGCAUGUCUGCUUCCCCCCGUCGCCCUCGUGUUUGGGGUGGAGAGUUUGGCUAUUUCGGAAUCUGCUGGAGUCGGCAUCACGCUCGGCAACGCGACCAUCCCUAUCCGCAACUUCCCGUUCGCAUCCGCGCUGGUGUUCUUGGCCGUUGACAUCGUCCUGUAUACGUUGCUGGGGUUGUACUUGGAAAAAGUCGUGCCAAACGAGUACGGGACGACAGAACCUUGGUACUUUUUCUGCUCUCCUGCGUACUGGACCACCAAAUCCCACGCGAAAGUGGUCACCCAGCCGUCCGUCGUCGAAACCAACGCGGUCGCGCUGAAUGUGCUACAUCACGACGCGAUUGAGGCCGUCGGCAUGGAGCUCAAGCAGCAAGAAGUGUCCGGCGACGCGCUUCAGAUUCGAAACCUGUCCAAGGUGUUUCGAAUCCCAGGCGGCACCAAGACGGCCGUGAACGGCCUCAACUUGACCAUGUACAAGAACCAAAUCACGUGUUUGCUCGGCCACAACGGAGCCGGGAAAACCACCCUCCUUUCCAUGCUGACCGGCAUGAUUCCCAUCUCGGCCGGCGACGCCACGAUCCACGGCCUGUCGCUGACCAAUGACAUGGACGCGAUCCGCCGGUCCAUGGGCAUUUGUCCGCAGCACGACGUGUUGUACCCGGAACUGACUGUGCACGAGCACUUGAUCUUUUACGGCAAAGUCAAAGGGUUUCGUGGCCAAAUCCUCCUGGAUCAAGUGGAGGCGUCGAUUGCCGAAGUCGGGCUGACAGAGAAGCGCCAUGUGAAGUCGAGCGACCUCUCGGGCGGGAUGAAACGCAAGUUGUCGCUCGCAAUUGCGUUGCUGGGAGACAGUCAGCUCGUGUUUUUGGAUGAGCCGACGUCUGGAAUGGACCCGUACAGCCGACGAAGCAGUUGGGAAAUCAUCAUGAACAAUCGGUCGAACCGCAUAGUGGUGCUCACGACGCAUUUCAUGGACGAAGCCGACAUCCUGGGCGACCGCAUUGCGAUCAUGGCCGAAGGCGAGUUGCGUUGCUGCGGGUCGUCGCUGUUUUUGAAGAAUCGGUACGGCGCGGGGUACAACUUUUCCCUCGUCAAGGCGGACUCGUGCGACACGAACGAGUUGGUGGCGUUUGUCAAUAGCCGCGUGGGUGGUCGGGCCAAGAUUCUGAGCAACGUUGGCACUGAAAUCGCUUUCCAGCUCCCCUUGGACUGCUCUCCUUUGUUUGGUGCGAUGUUCGCUGACCUUGACGAGCAAAUGGAGUUGCUGGGUGUGGUCUCGUACGGCAUCUCGGUCACGACGAUGGAGGAAGUGUUCAUCAAAGUGGCGGAGCUCGGCGACGAGUCGCAGCAGCACACUCUGGCGCACAAACAACCCAAGUCUGCGUCGCCAGUGUCGCCCCCGCACAGUGGGUUCAACCUGCUCACGGAACGUACUUCCGGCACGUUUAGGACGCACUUUGCGGCUCUUUGGAAGAAGCGAUAUCGCAUCGCCAAGCGCGAUCGUCGGGUGGCGCUGUUUGGCAUGGUAUUGCCAAUUCUCUUCCUCGUUCUCGGCAUUGCCUUGCUCAAGACGAGUACGCUCAACAAGAACGAGCCCAAAAUGGCCUUGUCCGUGGCAGAUUACCCCAGGGGAAAUCAAACCCCCAUUCCGUUCUCGUGUCAGUCGGAUUGGCUGUGCGAUGCUGUCCCUCAAUAUGCCGGCGCCGCGCCGUACGAUUUGCAGCUGCCGAUGACGCCACUCCCGAGUCCAUCCAACGUCUUUGGUAUUCAGUACACCGCUCUCACGCCCACCAUGGACACGUGCCUCCGCGCCAGCUCCGAGCUCUGGACGCGCGGAUUCAAAUCAAGCAUCACUGGCCAGUAUGGUGGACUCGUGCUGUUCGGGUCGGCUGCGUCCCGCUUGUUUGGGUACAACGUUGCCGUGAACACAACUGCCAAACAUAGCGCCGCCGUCCACAAGGCCAUUGCGGACGAAGCGCUGUACCGAGCGGUCGUGAAUCGUCCUGACGUAACAUUGAAGGUGUCGACGCAUCCGCUGCCUUUGACGGACACGAGCAAGGUGCUGUUUUCCGCCAUGGUGGGGUACUUGUCGUCGUUCUUUGCUAUCCUUGCGUUCGCAAUCUACACGGCGUCUGUGGUGCCGCAUUUGGUCAAGGAGAAGCACGCCAUGUCGAAUGCAAAGCAUCAACAGUUGAUUUCGGGUGUGAGCUUGACGGCAUUUUGGCUCGCCAACUUUGCCUGGGACUUGGCCAUGUUCGCCGUCCCGUGCGCUUCGGGCCUCGCCGCCAUCUACUUGUUUGACAUCUCGGCUUUCUCUGGUCGCGACUGCGCCAGCUGCACGGACACGCCGUUCGCUGCGCUAGUCGUACUGUUUGUCCUCCUUGGUGGCGCUCUCAUCGCGUUUUGCUACAUCGUGUCGUUCGCGCUCAACGAUCCUGCGUCGUCCCAAGUCUACAUCAUCAUGGUUCAAAUGUUCGUCGGCCUCAUGCUCACCAUCGUGUCGCUCGUGCUGGACAUUGUCGAAUCGACGCGGGCGACCAACAAGGCGCUCAAGUUCAUUUGGCGGCUCUCGCCCCUCUUUUGUAUCGGGAACGGCCUCAACGCCGUCAGCUCGAGAACUAUUCAAAUCAGCCGAGGACUGGACCCUCGCGCAUCUGCAUUCAGCACUGACGUCAUGGGUUGGGACAUUAUCUACUUGGGCAUCGAGGCCAUCGUGUUCCCCAUCGCGGCCAUCGCGAUCGAUCACAUGCGCAUGGUUCCCUCCCUUCAUCGCCCAACCAAGGACGGUCCGACGACAGACGGUCAAGAUGCCCAGCUCAUCCAGGACGAGGACGUGGCGGCGGAAGAACGGCGCGUCGCGCGGGGAGCUGCCGAUUCGGAAGCCAUUGUCCUGCGGCAACUGCGCAAGGUGUACGAUGGUGGCAAAGUCGGCGUCGCUUCCGUGUCGCUGGGGUUGCCCAAGGGCGAAUGCUUUGGCUACCUCGGCAUCAACGGCGCCGGCAAGACCACCACCAUGAAGAUGCUCACUGGAGACAUCGUGGCAUCGUCCGGGUCGGCGACGCUGGGCGGGUUUGACAUUUUGUCGCAGCAACUGGACGUUCGCCGACUCAUCGGGUACUGCCCGCAGUUUGACGCGCUGAUCGAUUUAUUGACGGUUCGCGAACACUUGGAACUGUUUGCGUGCAUCAAAGGCAUUCCGUCAAACCUUGUGCACGACACGGUCGUGGGGCUCAUGGACCAAAUGAACUUGAACGACUUUGAGCACAAACUGGCGGGGACGCUCAGCGGCGGCAACAAGCGCAAGUUGUCGGUGGCGAUUGCCAUGAUCGGGUCGCCGCCCAUCAUCUUUUUGGACGAACCGUCCACGGGCAUGGAUCCUGUGUCGCGUCGGUUCAUGUGGGACGUGAUCGCCGACAUUUCCACACGCAGCAAGGAGUCGACAAUUCUCCUGACGACCCACAGCAUGGAAGAGUGCGAAGCACUGUGUACUCGCGUCGGGAUCAUGGUUGGCGGCGGCCUUCGUUGCCUCGGUAGCAUUCAGCACUUGAAGCACCGCUUCGGCGACGGUCUCUCCCUGCAUGUUAAAGCUUCACCCAUCACUCAAGCCGACAUUGCCCCAAUUCUAACCACGCACUUUGCCGCCACAUCAGUCCUCCACCGGGACGACCUGGCCAGCGUUUGCGCUGCACUCGGUCGACCAGGGCGGGUGGAUGCGGUCAGCAUGGGCCAUCCGACGGGGUAUGUGGUGGAGGAUGCGCUGGCGACGAACGGGUUCGUGCGAACACACGACUUUUGCGCGUGGUGGCUCGGCGAAGACAACUACGACUUGCUCAAGCGCUACCUCGAGACUGUCUUCGGCGUCGAGAAUGUCCAGCUCGUGGAGCGCCAACACGAUGUCAGUCGCUUCAAGCUGCUUGGCCACAAGGACCGCGUCGCCCUCUCGCACGUGUUCCCUCUGAUCGAGCGCGCCAAGCGAGAUCUGCACAUCCAAGACUACACGGUGUCGCAGACGACGCUGGAGCAAAUCUUCAACGGCUUUGCUGCCCAACAAACUCAAGAAAAGGGGGUCGCCAGAGGGCUCGAAGUGGUCGAGCCCACGUCUGCCACGCUCGACGAUCGUUACCGCGCCCACACCACUUGA